GACUGAAUCAAGUGGGGGGAGGAUGGAGGCGAGGAAAGUGUGGACCAAAACUUGGAAGCUGCCUAUCAAAGCUAAACUGAAACAUAUUAUCUGGAAGUUGUAUAAGGGUUGGAUUUCAGCCAAUUCUGUCCUGAUCAGAAGAGGGCUAAAUGUGGAGGAAACAUGUAGAAGGUGUGGGGAGGGAGGAGAAUCAGUACACCAUAAGCUUUUUGCUUGUGAUUUCGCCGGACUGGUUUGGGAGAUGUCGCCGGUAAAAUGGGAUGGACUGCAACAUUUAACAAACCAAUUCUCUGAUUGGUGGGACGCCUUAAUGAAGAUUGAAAAGGGAGAGGAAGUCCAGGCCAGAGUAGAACUCUCCGUUUACAUCCUAUGGCAAAUCUGGAAGGCCAGAAAUGUAUGGUUAUAUGAAGGGAAGAAAUUAGAGCCAAUGGAGGUUGUGCAGCGAGCUAUGAAAGAAUGGGGGGAAUUUAAACAGGUACAGGACCAUAAAAAGAACACAAUAGGUGUUGAAAGAAGAAGUGAAGGACAGCAGGUCGAAAAGCACCUGAUCAAGGAUUCUGUAGGAUCAAUUGUGCUUCAGAAAUGAAACUGGAUGAGAAAACAGCAGGGUUAGGUUUCUGCAUAAGAGGAGCAAACCAGAAUUUGAUCAUAGAAAAGGCAGCAUUUCAAAGUCAUGUGCUAAGCCCCUUAGCAGCUGAACUUGAAGCAGUAAGAAUACUUAUGAUGGAAGCCUAUCAAAGAGGAGUGCAAAAAA